UAAAGGGUCACGUUGCGCUGCAGCAGUGAGACAGGAGACCAGCCGCAUCCUCCGACCAGUUACCUGCACUCUCUAAGCCCAGAAACACCCAUCAGCAGCCACCAUGACUCACCAGUAUCCCGCACUGACUGCUGAGCAGAAGAAAGAACUGCAGGACAUCGCUGAGAGGAUAGUAGCUCCAGGAAAAGGCAUCCUCGCAGCUGAUGAAUCCACCGGCAGCAUGGCGAAACGUUUAAACCCCAUCGGGGUUGAGAACACAGAGGAGAACAGGCGUCGCUACCGCCAGCUGCUCUUCACAGCCGACCAGCGCAUCGACAGCUGUAUCGGAGGAGUCAUCUUCUUCCAUGAAACCCUCUACCAGAACACAGAUGAUGGCACUAACUUCGCCAAGCUCAUCAAAGACCGCGGCAUUGUUGUCGGCAUCAAGGUGGACAAAGGUGUCGUGCCCCUCGCUGGAACAAAUGGAGAGACCACCACUCAGGGUCUGGAUGGGCUGUCUGAGCGCUGUGCACAGUACAAGAAGGACGGCGCAGACUUUGCCAAGUGGCGCUCUGUGCUGAAGAUCAGCGAAACCACACCAUCUGAGCUGGCUAUCUAUGAGAAUGCCAAUGUUCUGGCACGAUAUGCCAGCAUCUGCCAGCAGAAUGGCAUCGUUCCUAUUGUGGAGCCUGAGAUUCUUCCUGACGGAGAGCACGACCUGAAGCGUUGCCAGUACGUCACUGAGAAGGUCCUAGCUGCAGUGUACAAGGCUCUGUCAGACCACCACGUGUACCUGGAAGGGACCCUGCUGAAACCCAACAUGGUCACAGCUGGACACUCCUGCCCCAACAAGUACGCCAGCGAGGAAAUCGCAAUGGCUACCGUCACUGCCCUGCGCCGCACUGUGCCUCCUGCUGUCACAGGAGUGACAUUCCUGUCAGGUGGCCAGUCUGAAGAGGAGGCCAGCGUGAACCUUAACUCCAUCAACACCUGUCCGCUCGCCAAGCCCUGGGCCCUGACUUUCUCCUACGGCCGCGCCCUGCAGGCCUCUGCCCUGAACGCAUGGAGAGGAGAGCUGAACAACGAGAAGGCUGCCACUGAGGAGUUCAUCAAACGUGCUGAGGCAAAUGGACAGGCUGCGCUUGGCAAGUACGAGUCUUCUGGAAGUGGUGCUUCUGCAGGACAGUCCCUCUAUGUGGCUAACCACGCCUACUAAACAUCUACUUCAUUCAACUGUGGCCUAGUUAUAGUCUUAUAUCUGCUCUGCUAUUUCCCCUCACUCCUCCAUCUAUCACGGGCCUGCGCUGUCUACUGUACUUUAGAGUUGUCUGAUUAAAAUUAUGAUUAGGUAUAUGUAUUUAAAACAUAAUGUGAAACUACCAUUCUAAAGUUAACAGGCUUGUUUUUUUCUCUAUUUAACCAAACAAAUUAAAACUGCUUUGAGACAAUUUAUCACUGAAGUGGUAAUUUAUAUUACGUCAUUUCAGAGGCUCCAAAAUUUCAACAGUAAAUCAAGAUAAUCAGUCAGUAAACAAUUCAUGCCUCUUCUUAAAUACUCCUGUCUCCACACCCGGUCCUGUCUCCCUUUCUCCCCCACAUGAUAAAUCUUGAGCCGCUCCCAAGCAGGGAGGUGAGUGUGUUGAUGUUUCGCUUCUGUCAAAACGCAGCAUUGGCUCAUCAUUAAAGUGCUAUAGCAACAUCUCCCCUGACAGUGGGACCAACAGGUGGCAGCAUCAGUGCAUCCAUUAAGGGACAAAAGGACAAGACAGACAGUGUGAAGACGAUUCAGAUUGAGGUGAUAUUUGAGCGACUGUCCAAAAGUGCGGAGUGCUUGUUGUAGCUCCAGCAGAGGUCAGUAGACCCUCACCAGGAUUCAUCCUAACCUUUUCUGUUCACACGCUUCUAAUCACCACUAAUCAGAGAAACAUCUUGUGUGUCUAUUCUCAGUAUAACAUUAUCUUUAAAUUACAUACAGUAAUUAAUGUAUUCAGUUGUGUGAAGGUGUCGAUAUUAUGUGAUGCUUGUGUGUGUGUGUCAUCCACCCCCCUCCUGAUUCCCCCAGCCCGCCCCACGGCAAAAGGAGAUGGUUUCUAUUGACAUAAUGUGGACCAAUACGUGGGGUUAGCAGCAAGGGGGAAACAGUCACUGCUGUGUUGGAUUACUGUGAUGUUUGUGAUGUUAAUAUUGUUCUUGAAGCACUUGGUGUGUCAAAUAGUGGAGAAAAAUAAACAUUAAAAACUA